UGUGACUCUUCGAGUUGCAGCACAUACAUUUUUUAAAAGGUGUAUGUUGUGAACCAAAUCUGACCGUUUGGGCAUUGUUUUGUUGUUAUUUUGUCAGUCAUUUUCUUUAUCGUUACUAUUGGUCGUAAAGUAGAGCAAAUUUGCGACAGUUCAUGACGUCAUCAUCAAGGUCCUGUCUCAAUGGACGCAAACGCGAUAUCAGGAUAUCUUUUAUUUUUAUAAUAAUUUCUUCCACUGUUUUUGUAAUGCUUUUUUCGUAACUAAUGUAUCGUCGACACAUUAGUUUGAUAAAAUGCUUGUUUUAAAACUGGAACACUAAUGAAACAUCCGAAGCUAACCCCAACUAGCUCGGCCAUGCUAGCGUUAUUAAUCCAUCUGUUUUGCUCAUAACAUCAUUUUGAUGAUUUGCUGAUGUCAUUUGCAUCCGUCGCAAAUUGGACGUUUUUUAUUGUUCUGCGUGCCGUUUGGAAUAUUUCGUUUGUCGCCCUCGACAUAGAUAACUCGAUUGAUUACAAAUGUCCGCACAAAAGGACUGCGAGUUUUUGGUGAAAAGAGCUCGGGAGCUGGUUCCUGAUGACCCUUGUGCCGCUAAAGCCUGGCUCAUUACCGCCAGAACCCUUUACCCUGCUGACUUCAACAUCCAGUAUGAAAUGUACAUCAUUGAACGCAAUGCAGAAAAGACAUCUUGUGCAGGGAGACUGCUUUACGACAUGUUCUUAAAUUUUCCAGAUCAGCCCAUUGUGUGGCGUGAGAUCAGUGUCAUCACAGCUGCACUGCGGAGUGACUCCCAAGACAAACAUUCACAGUUUCUUCGAGGGCUUUUUGAAACACUGCCUGGUCGUAUACAAUGUGAGAUGUUGCUGAAAGCCACCGAGCAGUGCUUCAACACUUUGGAGAAGGCGGAGAUGCUGUUGCUUUUAUUAAAGCGCUUUCCAGAGUCUGUUGUCCAACAUGGGGUGAGUCUAGGCGAGACACUGUUGGAGGCAGAAGCAUCUGAGAAAGUGGAGUCGCCUGUCAACUGCUUCAGAAAACUUUUCGUGUGUGACGUCCUCCCUCUGCUGAUAAACAACAUGGAUAUGCGCCUGCCCGCCAGCCUGAUGCAGAAAUACAUUCUCAAAGCUGCUGAAUUCUACAUCGGCUAUGUCGCCCGAGGACCUUCACCGGAUGGACCGAUGAAUGUCUCUCAAGAAGGUGGUCCACUUAAGUCUCCCUCUGUCUCGCGGGGCUCUCAACGCUAUGUGAUUGACGGCUUGUCGGAGAAGUCAUCGGUGGUAGCUGAACCUUGGGAGAGGCUGUUGGACCUUCUUGCUGUUGUCGGAGCUCGAUGUGAAUGGCAGGGAGACAAAGGACAGAGGAGCUACACAGACUUGCUUCAGAGAGUAAAGGAGCUGUGUCGCUACUUACCUGGCCUCGAGGGUGACACCAGAGCCCGCUGCUGCAGUCAGGUGGUCAUCUGCGCCGCCCUCGUCCUCUUCCGCAACGCCUUCCUCUAUGUCUCGGCCGUACAGCCAGCGCUGUUCCAGGGUGUGAAUACUCUAAACACGGGGCCGUGGAUUUUAGUGGAGGAUUUGAGCUCGGUGUACCAUGAUGUGGAUUUGGAGAGAGGAACGGUCAAACACGCGCAUAAGAAACGCAAAAUGGCAGAUGGCAGAGAGAAGACAAUGAGCUCCGAUGAUGAGGAAGGCCUAGGGAAGAUGCGUGGUCGACACAUCCUGGUCAACAAAACCGAGAUGCCCAGCUGGUCAGAGACUCUGGAGAGCUUUUACACAGCGAGAGAAAGCUGGGACCUCCUUCAUUCCCACGACAGCCUUGAAACUGAGUUCAAAAAGAUCUGUGCCACGUGGAAGACAGACAGCUGGCUUUGGUUACGAAUUUUCCUCACGGACAUAAUCAUAUACCAGGGACAGUACCGUAAGGCCCUGUCGAGCCUGCAGCAGAUGGCCGCUGUGCAGCAACUUCACCCAGGCCAGCAGAGCCCCUCAGGCCAGACCAGUCUGGAGCACCACAGGGCCCUCAUACAGCAAGCUUCCUGCCACUACGCACUGGGAGAAUACAGGAUGGCCUGUGAGAAGCUUCUCGAUGUCGUCAGUGGACUUGUAGCCCCAAACCAUGAAUCAACAAAGCCCUCUGAAGAUCAGACAAGGGUCAAGACCAAAUCCAAGAAAAGUCAUGACCUGAGAUUGCUUCCAUGCACCAGUAAGGCUGUGUUACCUUUCUGCCUCCAGCUGAUGCUGUCCUGUUUUAAGCUGCGCGCCUUCACAGACAACAGGGACGACUUGUCGCUGGGUCACGUGGUGGUGCUCCUGCAGUACGACUGGCCUCAGGGCGAGAUGCUUUUUCUCAAGGCUGUGGACAAGAUCUGCCAGCAAGGCGGUUUCCAGUAUGAGAAUUUCUUCAAUUACGUCACCAACAUCGACAUGCUGGAGGAAUUUGCAUACUUGCGUACGCCAGAUGGAGGGAGGAUCCAGCUGGAGCUGCUGCCCAACCAGGGGAUACUGAUUAAGAACCCUAGCCCCGCCCUGGGGGUGGAGUUAAACACCCUUCUGCUACAAGGGGUUCACACGAUGGACAGACACCACACCGUGACGAGGGGGAUCACUAAAGGAGUGAAGGAGGACUUCCGCCUGGCCAUGGAGAGGCAAGUGUCUCGUUGCGGAGAGAACCUGCUGAGCGUGCUGCACCGUUUUUGUAUCAACGAGAAAAUCAUCAUCGUCCAGUCUCUCCCUUGACGCCAUAAAGCCUUCUCAAAACGAGGUUGGACUGACUCUUUGACCUCUCGUACUACAAGAGACACUGAAAACUUUUUUGUACAAUGGUGUCAUUUUCUUGUGUUUGCUAACUUACAGCAUUUUAAUGGUAUCAUCAUGAUGGGAUAUUUUGUAGAUAUCGAUAAAAGAACCUGCAUUUUGCUUACCUUUUGUGGGAAUGUUUAUUCGGAACAAUUUGACUUGACCUUUUAAAUGAGAUAUAUGAUAACUGCCGCUAUUGGACACAAGGUGGCAGCAUUUAGUAAACCCAACCUAACCCUCCCAAUAAGUGUGAUGCGGUGCAGUUCUUCACCACUGCAAACUAAUAUCGCCUGGAGAAUGACAUUCAUUUCCAUUUUAUUGCAUUAAUAAAUAGAAUCAUGAAAAUAUAUCAAAUUAAAAGGAUCAGAAAGAAAUAUACAUUUACAAAACCCAAAUCCAGUGAAGUUGGCAUGUUGUGUAAAUGGUAAAUAAA